GAUUGCAGGGACCUCGGAGCUGACAGACCAGACAUUCAAGGUGCAGUGCGCGCCGGACAUUACGCUGGUUCGACAAACUUUGAGCGCCAACGACUGGCAAGUCAUCGUUGAGAGUAAUUCAGAGGCCUUCAGAUUUGCCCCGCUGUGCGUGAGGGAAGAUCGAGCCUUUGCCCUCAAUGCUAUUUCCCAAAAUGGGCACUGUCUCAAGCACGCUCCCUUUCUUCAAGCCGACCGUUCGGCGGUGAUGAACGCUGUGCACGAGGCUGGUUGUGCUCUCCAGUAUGCAUCAGAGGACCUCAGGCGUGAUCAUGAGGUGGUGCUGGCUGCGGUUCGCAACGAUGCUGAAGCGUUGGCGUAUGCCGCGCCCGAGCUCCAGGAAGACCGUCGCUUUUUGCUCUCGGUCCUGCGGCGGAACAGCGCAGUGUAUGCCGUUCUCUCAGCAGACCUCCGCAAAGACCCUACAUUUGCUUUGGCUGCUGUGGAGCAGAAUGGUGACUCCCUGGCAUGCAUGUGCGAAGCCUUCCGAGAAGAUCCUGCUCUCGUCGCUGCAGCUGUGAAACAAAACGGUCUUGCACUCCGACACGCACCUCAGUGGCUGCGUGCAGACCGCGAGUGUGUCCUACUUGCAGUCUCUGAAAAUGAAGGGGCUUUGCAAUAUGCUGCCAGAGACCUCCAGGCUGAUAAGGCUCUUGUCCUGAGCGCCAUCUCAGAGACAGGGCUCGGCCUUGCGCUUCAGUAUGCAGCUGAAAGCCUUCUGCAGGAUGAGGAAUUCUUGCUGGAUGUCAUUCAGAAGAAUCCAGAUGCUUUGCUACACUCCCCUGCCGAAAGCUUGCACCACAGCCGAAGCUUCAUGCUCGAGGCCGCGCGGAGGAACGGCGGCGCUCUGAAGAAUGCAUCUGCCGAUUUGAGAGCUGAUCGCGAAGUGGUGAUCAGAGCCAUCCGUCAUCAGAGCGCGGCUUUCCUGAGUGCAUCAGUAGACCUCCAGACAGAGCCAGGAUUUGUGGCUGAAGCGCUCGGUAUCAAUGGACUUGUCAUCGAGCAUGUUGCGGAACAAUUUUCAAGCGAUCCCGCAAUGGCACUUCGCGCCGUUCAACAGAACUGGAAGGCGAUCCGUUUUUUGCCACUGUCACUUCGGAAAGACAGGACACUCAUUCUUGUAGCGGUGCGCCAAAAUGGGAUGUCAUUACGCUAUGCCGCUUCCUGCGUGCUAGGGGAUCGUGCUAUUGCCUUAGAAGCCGUGAGACGAGACUGGCGAGCUCUACAGUAUCUUCCUUCAGAGCUCCAGGGAGAUCACGAGAUCGGGAAGGCCGGCGUGGAUCAAGAUCGCCGAGCCCUGCCCUACGUAUCCCUUGAUCUUCAAGUGGUUUUGGGCAGCCAGGUUGAAACCUUGCCUCUUGGGAGCCCGGAAUAA